AUGAGCAGUGGAGUUGUUGUCAAAACUGAAUUUGACAGUUCUUAUGAUAGUCAGGCCUCACUUUACAGCGAGCGAUCACGAAAACGACGUUACAAAAGUAAGAAGGACAAGAAACCCGGUGUGACCGGAAGGACGUGGACCAAAGUUGAGGACCCGCAUGCUCCGCGAAAACCUCGUUCUGGCUAUGUACAUUUCCUAAGCUCACGCCGCUCGAAAGACUUGAGACUUACAGUAAAGCUAGAUGCGAUCACGAAAAGUACUAAAUGUUGCGUUAAGCUGCCACCUGAAGGCGGCAAUCAGUUUCGGCACCGAACACGUCAGCCAUUCCUCGAUUUGGCCAACAAGGAACGUGAGCAAUAUCAAAUUGAGCUGAAGGCAUAUGAGCAAACCGACCACUAUAAGGAGUUUAUAGCGAAGAAAGAGCAAAUUAUGCGGUUACGAAAGCAGCGCCGUAGAUUGGGAUUGAACCCCAAGGAAGAACUCGGUGAAUCAUUAGAUCUGGAAGAACUAAACGAGGACACCAAGAAGACAGAAGAAAGCGCUCCCUAA